AAAAAAAAAAGAAAAAUCUUAUUGCACCUUUAUUGCUACGAUUACAGCUCUUUACAGGAAAUAAAAUUGCCGUCGCGACAAGUUUCGGAGCCCGAAUUAUACCGACCGACGCAUGGUGUAGCUUUUGAACAGGGGUAAAAAAAGUGCUCGUGAACAAGUGGUACACCGUCGGACGCGUGAAAGGUGAUUCAAUGGUGAACUACAAGCAUCAUGGUGAACCAUAUGUAGCUGAAGAAAUUAUGAAUGAAGCCAAUGACACAGAAGUUGAAACUGUGGGUGGUGGUGCAACAUAUGAACUUAAUAAUGACGAAAGUGGAGAUGAGUCGGAUAGUGAUUAUUCGGAGAAUGAUGAGGAACAACAGGCUUACGAUAAACUCAAAAGCAGAACUUGCCCCCAGGUGUUGGUUAGUUCCUGCAAGAAAAUGAAUGCCGCACAGAAAAGAGCAAUUAAUGAGAUUGGCUUUGGAAGUAUAUUCCAUCUAAGUGUGUACAAGUUACCAAGAAAAUUUGGAUACUAGUUGCUAGACAAUUUUCAACCCAAGACAUGUGAGAUAAAGCUACAAAAUGGACGUAGUGUGCAUAUUGAAUCUAAAGAUGUAGCAUUGGUCUUAGGGUUUCCAAAUGGUGAGCGUGCUAUACAAAAGAAAAGGAAACACGAACAAUGCUCAUUACUUGAAGAGUGGGGUGGGAAAUUCGUAAAAGACAAGAAGAAAAUUCUUCCCACUGAUGUUUCAGCUCAAAUGUUGUCCAAUCAGGAUGGGGGCUUAUGGUUCAUUCGACAUUUUUUGGUUCUUCUCACCUCAUGUUUGAUAGAGACAUCAGGAACUGGAUAUAUUUUACCUCAAAUAAUGUCCCACUUCAGCAAUACAAGUGCAGCCCAACAUCUCAAUUGGUGUGACUAUGUGUUGGAGUGCUUGGUUAACCAUCACUUAACUUGGGCAAAAAACAAGAAAAAAAGUUUCAACGGGCCGAUUUUUUUUCUGAUGAUGUUUUAUGUUGAUCGGGUUGUCAUUUACAAAAGAAUUGUACCUAGAGGUUUGCCAUUGGUAAGAGGGUGGACAAACAAAUUACUACGAGACAGGCAAAAGACAGAAAUUAGAUCUGGCGGAUUCGGGGGUGGGUACCCAAGCAAUCAACACAAAUCAAAUGAAGGCUCGGUCUAUGAAAAUGUUGAGUUUGCUCAAAAUUCAUCAUUUGCACUGGUGGAAGAAGCUCCAAAUACCCAGCUUGAUGGCAAUACCAAUUCAUAUGCAGCUGAAACAUUUAUGUCGGAAUUUUUAAGAAAAAGCAAGAUGGUUGCCGUUGCAAUAGUUGACAUGUUGAGGUUGGUCGAGCAGGCACCUCAUAAACUGAGUGAACACUCUGACUAUAAGAGGGUGGUUGACACAACGGAAUCAUUGUUGGGUUGCAGACCAACUGAAAAUAACUUGCAUAAUGGUGCGGAACCAUCUUUAUCGCAGAACCAAGGCACACAGUUAGAUGAUGCAUUCUGGAGCGACCCAGAAACAUUAGCCAUAAUUGAAGAAAUAGAGAAUGCAAUCAUGAAAAGAGGUGAAUUCAAUAAAUCUGCGAAUGACAUACCAAGUUUCAGCCUGGGCUUGACUCAAGAAUUUGCUGAUAAGAUCGAUGAGGUUGUCACAAAAAAUGAUCAGCCAUCCACAUUGAUUCUACCACAAGUGAUCUCAACGAGUAUGCAAUCCACAGAGAAAAAAACACCAAAAGGCACGAUUGCAGAUCAGAAAAACAUGGAAACUGAUAAGAGUGAUAGCCCUAUAGUAGUGUUUUCAGAAGAAAUAUUCCUACCAAAUGGUCAGUCCCUAAAUCAAAGAAAUAAGAGAAAGAGGGAACAGCUUGAACACGAGAAAUGGAAUUUGAUAUGCAGUCCACCUUUUGGUACUACUGAGCCUGCGACAGGUAGUGGCAAACAAAAGAAGAAAGUAACAUUUCUUGAAAAGUCUUACCAACAAACAUCCAAAGGAAAUGAACAACAGUUUGUCUAAUACUGUACAUAUUUCGUUGCAAGUAUAUAUUAUUAAUUUUGCUAUAUUUGUGGCUAAGGAUGUGCGGGAAAAUGAUAAUAGUGAUAGCAGUCCAUCUUUUGGUACUAGUGAGCAUGCGAUAGAUAAUGGCAAGCAAAAAAAGAAAGUAACACUUCUUGAAACGCCUAGCCAACAAACAUCCAAAGGAAAGGAACAACAGAUUUCUAUGAUCGUGCAUCCUGAACACGAGAAUCAUUCAUUUAUGCGGGGUUGUCACAAUAGCAAAGGGGAAUGGAAAUUGAUAUGCAGUCCACCUACUAGUACUAGUGAGCCAGAUAAUGUCAAAGAAAUGAAGGGAUUAACUUUUCGUGAUACGAUUGAGCAACAAAAACUCAAAGGAAAGGAAAAACAGGAAAUGUUACCUCCAACCAACCACUGUAUGGAGCGCCGAAAUAAAAAAGAUGUAAGAAAAAGCGAGAGGCUGUUAUCACCCUACCAUACCCGCGUGCUAGCAGCCAUAUCUAAGUUCAACAAAAAAGAGAGAGAUUUAUGCUUCUGGAUUUUGGACGACGUGGAUAAAAUGGAUGAAGCAGUAUUCUCAAGUGGUCACGUUGAGUGUCUGAGACGAGACUUAUUAUCAAUUAGACCAUCACUAUUUGUGAGCACUACUGUUGUAGAUGUCUGGGCAACUGUUUUGAAUAACCUGGAGUUGUUAAGGUCACAUAGCUCGCCACUAAGAUUCUUUUUUACAGUCGAUACUUGUGCUUUCACUAUCGUGAACCCAGCAAAGGACUGGAGCAUCGGACUUUUUUUUCCGAUACACCAAGAAGAGCAUUGCUACAUUAUGUGUCUAAAUGUGAAGAAAUUGAACAUUGUGCUGAUUGACAACUCAACUUCUACAACGAAUGGUGCUAUUGAGGUCAAAUACUCUGAUAUACCAAGUUAUGAUGGUCUGUGAAUAUUUGGAUUUGAAGGGGCUAAUGAGCAAAUCUGUUGCCCUAAAAAAAGCAAAAAUUGAAAGAUUGCAACUCCCUUGGGCGUUAGAUAAUAAUAAAAUUGAUUGCGGAGUUUACGUCAUGCGCCACAUGGAGACCUACAUGGGAGAUAGCGUCAAGAACUGGAAAGUUGGGUUGAGAAAGAAUAAUGCAAACCAACUGAAGUACUUAAGAGCGAAGUACUGCGCUACGAUAUUGUUAGCUGAUAUCAACAUUCAUAAGGAACACAACUUGUAUGCGGCAGAUUUGCACUAUAGAAUCUCAAAAUCUAGGGGUUCAAUAGAUGUUGAGAAGUUGUGGAUCGGUCAGGCACAUAAUGAACAGUGACCUUAUUAGUCUUCUUAUGGUAUCUACUGCAAGUUGUUUUGAACAAUUGUUUUGUUUACACUAUUUUGCAUUGAGUACAUUAGUUGCAUAGAUUGAUG